UCGAGCGAAACGAGGGCCUUACGUGGGGGGGGUCUAACGUGGGAGGGCGCGGUCGAGCGGCGAGGCCAGCACGGAGUCGAGAGACCUAGCCGAAGGUCACGGACGAGAAGCCGCCCGGCGGCGCCAACACACGACUGGAGUUGCGGUCGCCGAGCGAGUUGCCCACGUUCUGGCCGCCGUUGCCGUUCGCCCCUCCGUAGGAGGCCGCGCCCGAGACCGGGCCCCGCUUCGCGCCGCGCGCGGCGUUCGCGCGGAUGGCGUACUGGGCCCGCGCGUCUAGAGUGGCACCUAACGACCGUGCGGGUCUUCGCUCCGGAGACGACGGCCCGCCAAUCAAAUCGGAAGACGUCUGCGAACUCAGACCGAACUGGCGCUUGCCCGUCGACGCGGGAGCUUGCGCACCGCCGCCCGUGAAGAAGUUGGCGCGGCUGUCCUUGUCGCCGGCGUUGCGCGACGCGUUCGCCCUCGCCAGGUCGCGGGGCGUCGGCGGCGCGUCCGGCGCUACCGGCGCGGCGACCGGCUGCCUCUUGGCCGGCGCCUCGCUCUCGCCGAGGGCCCAGGGCGCGUUCAUCUCGGGAGCCCGGUUCUCGGCGCCGAGCUCGGCUCUACGCGCGAGCGCUCUGGCGCGGCGCUCCUCGAGCUUGCGCGUGUGGGCGCUCAUUUUGUUGGCCUGCGCGGUGAUUUAUUCGUAUGCUGCGGGUGCGCGCGACUCGGCAGGUUUGUCAGUUGUGUUGGGUGCGGCGGGCUUUUGGGUGGCGCCGCGGCGCGGCGGUUUUCGUGGCGGUGGCGCAGCGACGGUCGACGCUGAUUUGCGUGCUUUCGCUUGGCUGCGCGUGCCGAGGGAUUGGCACGGGGCGUAUAUUGGCAGCGGC